CAAUAGGUAUAUUCUCGAGAAACUUCUACCCUUCGUCACGAAGCCUUGCACGACUAGUUCUACGAGAUUACUCCGAUAGGGCCAAAAACCUCCGGCGACUUGGAGAAGACGAAGCCACAAAAUCCGAUCGAAAGUUUGGUGCUCGCGUGGCGAGGAGUGGAUUUCGGUGCGCGGAUGGGGCAGGCGUUCCGCAAGCUGUUCGAUGCCUUCUUCGGCACCAGCGAGAUGAGGGUCGUGAUGCUUGGGCUGGAUGCCGCAGGCAAAACCACCAUCCUGUACAAGCUGCAUAUCGGGGAGGUUUUGUCGACUGUUCCCACGAUUGGUUUCAAUGUCGAGAAAGUUCAGUACAAGAAUGUGAUGUUUACUGUUUGGGAUGUCGGUGGCCAAGAGAAAUUGAGGCCCCUGUGGAAGCACUACUUCAACAACACGGAUGGCUUGAUAUACGUGGUUGAUUCAUUGGAUCGAGAGAGAAUCGGAAAAGCCAAAGCUGAAUUUCAGGCAAUAAUUAAUGAUCCUUUGAUGCUUAACAGUGUCAUAUUGGUAUUUGCCAAUAAACAAGAUAUGAAAGGGGCAAUGACGCCAAUGGAGGUGUGCGAGGGCCUUGGUCUUUACGAUUUGAAAAAUCGCAUCUGGCACAUUCAGGGCUCUUGUGCCCUCAAAGGUGAUGGUCUAUAUGAGGGCUUGGACUGGUUGGCAAGCACGUUGAAGGAACUGCAAGCUUCAGGUCGCCUACCAUCAGGAGGGACCUUGUUGUUCUAAGCAUCAAGCCUGCCUGCAAGGCGUUAAUUCUACUGAACAAAAGGCAACACAUGGGCUUGUCUGCGUUGAAGUUUAUGAGCUUUUUGUCAUGGUUUGUGGAUCGUACUCAAUCCCUGGGGACAAGGGAAUAACCAUUUCUUGGCAAUGAUUUAACCAGUGAUGUAGGUCUUGUAAAUUUUGUUGCGAGUUUAUACAAAGCUAACCAGGCGGAUCAUUUGUUCACAUAUGAGAACUGAGUUAACAUCUUCGUGAUAUUAAUGUAAAUGUUUCUGUAAAUUUGAGUUGGCAAAUGCAAUUUAUCUCGACAAGCUGGUUGCAUUA